CUUUUUAUUUUCCUCCCCCGUUUCUGUCGCUUUACCCUUGGGAAGCCGUGAGGAAAGGUGGGGGACACGCGUGUGUUCGCCUUUCUGUUUUCUGCGUUUUUGUUUCUUCCCAGCCUGAGGGGGACCAAGCACCAUCAGAGGCGAUGAGAUGUGAGUGAGCUAUGCCUUGUGGAAAUGGACAGACUUUAUCCAAGCGAGAACAUGGCGUGUGCGUCCCGAGGUUCAGCCUCUUCCCCGGUCUGCUUGUGGCGCUCUGCUGUCUGGAGGUGUGGGGCUCCGGGCCGCGCGGAGUCCACGGCGGCGGCGCCAGCUGCAGCCCCUGUCCCGUUAACUGCAGCUGUGCGCCGGCGGGGCCCCAGCGGCCCUGCGUCGUUAACUGCUCCAACAUCGGGCUGGAAAAGGCCCCGGCGGCUGCUGAGUUUCCGCUCACCGUCAACGUGCUAGAUCUGUCCAAGAACCACAUCUCCUCCCUUGAUACCAGCCUGCUAGAUCGUCUCACUGGGCUCCAAGAGCUGUACCUUCAAGGAAACAGGAUCAAAGUUUUUCCCUGGGGAGUGUUCUGUUGUGGGCUGCUGUCAGUGCUAGACUUGAGCAACAAUCAAAUUAAAACCAUAGAAGAAAGGAUAUGUGACAACUCAUGUAACCGAACACAAAUCGAUCUGAGCAACAAUCCCUUUGUGUGUGACUGUAAGCUGUUGCGGUUGGUGAAGUGGCUCCAGGAAAAAUACCAAGUCCGACACCCAUAUGCAAUGCUCUGCGACCGCCCCCCUGAACUCCAUCAACAGCCUUUGCUCAAUAGUAGCCUGCAAACCUGUGGUCUCAGCUACGCCGCUUGUCUCCAGGACAGAAGCGGUCGAGGAGGAGGUCAACGUGAGCUUGUGAUCUUCACUUACUCCAAACCUGGGAACUACACACGUGAACAGUGUAACAGCGUGUGUUUUGGUCUGUUGUACCUCUAUGGGGGCUUGGGAGAGAGGCACGAGUGUCUGUGUAGCACGAACAACGAGCCCAACUUCAUCAGCGGAUCUCACUGUUCGGCUGCUUGUACCAAUCCCGAUGUGAUGACGGAAUGUCAGUGGACUCUGGCCCGCGAUGUGUUUGCGGUGGAGUUCUCCGUCUCGCUGAGGCCUCUCCCACUCCAAAGCGUGCACGACCUCAUCGAUUUCUCCGCCACCUCCACUGUCACGCCCGUGACGCUUUCCUGGGACUUUGGUGAUCUAUCGCCUCGGGUCAACACUACGGGAAUGGGUGUCGCCACAGCAGCUCACAAGUUUGCAAUUCCAGGACGUUACAAAGUCAGUUUGAAGGCCUGGGCAGGACACAAGGAGGUUUCUGCACGCACAAACGUGACAGUGGCUCUUCCUCCCAAACUCGAGCUGCACUGCCCAUCGAUCGUCGUGGCCAACCGGAGUCUGGAGGUCACACUUGUCAGUUGGGGCGGCGUUGGCGUAGAUGUGAACUGGACAAUUUCAAAGGAUGAUGUCCAGGUUGCCACAGCCUUGCCGGACUGUCCGCCGAGUGCAGGGGUGUUUGACAACAAGUCCUCAAGCUGCUUCCGGAUUUUUCCAGAGGAGCUGAGCUGGAAAGAUGCUCGACAGCAGUGUUUGAGCCGCAGCGGGGAUCUGGCUGUGGUUAGGAGUGAUGAACUGCGUAACCUGCUGGUAGAAAAAGUCAUACAAUUUUCUGUCAAUGGGGAGCGAGGCGUGUGGCUCGGCCUGAGCGACGUCGACUCUCCGGGCAAGCUGCACUGGGUAAACGGGUCGGAGGCCCAGGAGGGGGAGGAGGGCCAGCAGCACCGCACGUCGAUCUCUCGUGGAAACGUGUGCGUCUCCUUUGAUAAGAACCGUCAGACCAGCUCACACCUCUGCGACUCCAAGAGGGCUUAUGUCUGCCAAAACAACGCCCAAGUGCGUGUUCCUGAUGCCGGAGUGUACAUGUUGGGCAUGGGGGUCUUUCCUUCCAACAAUCAUCCUUUUCUAACCUCUCAGCUCACAACCUCCCAAGCUCCACAACCUCCCAGCAGCGCCAUAGAGAUGCUGUUGUUUCCUGCGAUGAGUUUUGUUCAGGCAGGCCGUCUGUCCUCUUUGGAGAUCGUCACCCAGGAGCUUAGCUCGCAAGUCCACGUCAGAUUCCAGACCUACAGACCCAAAUGCCCCGGCCAGCACCUGCUGCUACCCAGCUGUGGAGGUCCGGCAUGCGCUCCAGUGGCUGUUUGUGUCCCCAGCCACACAAUGACCAAAGAUCCACCGUCAUGCCCCCCAGCAGAGCAGUGGUGUCCCUUCCAGAGUCGUUGCCUGGUCCUUUCCAAUCCAUGCCACCCAUCUUCCUGUACUAACUGUACCCAGGGUCACCGCCUGCCACUUGGGACGUCAAGGCCCUUGUACACGUUACAGAAUGAAAUUGUCUUUGCUCUCCCAGCAGGAAGAGCACAUGCACUGAUACAAGACCAGCUGGAGGACAUCCUGGUCUCACCUGGUGAUGUUAUCGCUCUGCAGCACGACGGUGGCCCGUCAUCUCUUCUCCGGUGUCAGUCCUCUCCACAGUCGCUGUGGCGACAGCCGGUCUUAGCCCUGAACUUAUCGGAGUGGUUCUGGAUGAAUAACACCAGACGGUCCGCAGAUAUCCCAUAUCUGAACGUGGAGGAGGAUGUGAAGAACGGGAAGGGAGGCUGGUUGGAGGAAGAAAUUUGCUGGAUCAGAGUGCUGUAUGUGGGACAAAAUAAGACCCAGCUGCAGGGAGCCCAGCUGUCUGCUGGUCUACCCCAGGCUGGACUCUACAGCCUGCUGGUUUCCACCACUGAACCGUCAUACCCUUCUUCAGCAUCAUGUCCAAUCCAAGUAGUACCCCCCCUCGGUUUGACGAUCCUCCAUCCUCCUCCAAAUAACGGUACCCUCUACAUGCAGCCCAACAACACCCGGCUCAUACUCCGCGUGCAGUCUCACUACGCGACGACGGUGUCUCGCCGAGGCAGCGGUCAUAGCGUGACCUUCCAGUCUGAGUGCCCCGCUGAGUUUUUGCACAUGCCAACUGUCUGUGAGCCUGGACGGAGGUCUGGGUCAGCGGUCGAAGUCUCAGAACCUGCCUUGUACGCGGUGCUAGAUCUGGGUCUGGGAGUAGAGGAACAGAGAGGUCCCGUGCAGGUGGACCUGGAGGCCCAUAACAACGUGACAGAAGCCAGCCUGUCUGUGGUUGUCCACCUGGAAGAACCACUGGAAGGGCUGGUGGUGCAGCCAGACCCAGAACACAGGGUCCUGAUGGAGUCAGUGGUGAGCUACACUGCAUCGGUGCUUAAAGGUUCUAAUCCCACAUUCAAGUGGACCGUGGACGAUAAGCCUUACUUCACUUACUUCAACAGUGUCCUCAACGUGAUCUACCAGAACGCUGCCAUCUACAAGCUCACAGUGACAGCCACGAACCAUGUCAGCACGCUGACGAAACAUUUCAACAUAACCGUGGACCAACUGCAGCCAAUGACCAACCUCACAGUGAAGGGGGUGCCAGAUGUGGUCCCUCAGGGGUCCAAUCAGACUCUCACCACCUCGGUGCUCGUGGACAUGUCUGUGCCAGCCACGUUCCGAUGGUCUUUUGGUGACGGCGGAUAUGAGGAAUUUGAGUCAAAGCCUCCAUAUUCUCCCUCUCUCCUCUGUCCAGUCUCUCCUAAUCAAAUUCUCCUGAGCAAAAACAUCACCUAUAUCUACUCUCAGCCAGGUAUUUACACAGCGCUGGUGUCGGUAUCCAAUCGGUAUCAGAACAUCAGCCAGAGCAUCAACAUGAGCGUUUACAGCAUCCUGACUCGUGUGGACAUACAGACGGAGCCGCCGUUCCUGCUUGUGGGCAGAUCGGCUGACUUUGAGGCCCAUCCUCUGCCCUCGCCGUACGGCAUUCACUACGACUGGAACUUUGGGGAUGGCUCUGCCCUCCAGCAAGGCCGCCGUGUGGCACACACCUUCUCACAGAGCGGCGCCUUCAACGUCUGCGUAUCGGUGAACAACACCAUCAGCUUCACGUCGGCCUGCGCAGAGAUCUUUGUGUAUGAGGAGAUCGAGGACGUGACGGCUCAAAGCUCCUCUCCCACAGAGCUGCAAAGCCCCACCACGGUGUCGGCGCACCUCGGUUCUGGUAACAACAUCACGUGGAGAUUCUCCAUGGGGGACGGGAGCAUCUACACUACAUCCGAACCUCGCAUAUCGCACAGCUACGUCAAAGAGGGCAACUACACAGUAAAUGUGACCGCCAUGAACGCAGUGAGCUCUGGCUGGACGCUCCUCCAGGUUCAUGUGUUUGUCUUCCAAGUCAUAAGGAUGGAGCCUUCAGGAUGUGUGCCGGAGCGGACCAAAGUCAACUUUCAGGCCUGGGUGUCCGGCAACGCCACAAUUCAUCUUUAUCAGUGGAGCUUUGGGGAUGGGAGCCCCAAUGAAACACAACAGGGCAACCCCAGCAUCUCACACACCUACCAGUCGAGUGGGAACUACCACCUCUCUCUGCUCCUUUCCAGUGGAGUCAACAAGGCCACCAAGGCUAAUUUCUUCAACUGGGUGUGCGUGCAGCCGGCUUUGACUAACAUCAGCUUCGUCCCUGAAAAAUCACACUACGCUGUUGGGGAGGAAGUACAUUUCAAAGUGACAGCUGAGCCGGAGUUCAACUACAGCUAUCGGUGGGACUUUGGCAGAGAGGAAGGUCCAUUCCUCAUGCACAGCUCUGGAAAUGUUUUAACAAAGUAUAAAAGGCCAGGUCAUUAUGUGGUAACUGUUAAUGUCUUCAACAACAUCUCUGCUAAUGAAGCCAGUGCCGUUAUUGACGUUCUGGUGCCCAUUGGACCGAUCCUGAUCCGUCACAAUGGGACAAAGCACAAUAACCUGACCCGGGGAGCUCCCUACACUUUCACAGCUUCGUCCAUGGCCUCUGAUGUCACCUACACCUGGAGUUUUGGAGAUGGAAAUGUGCUUACAGGCCAGAGUAUCCUCUAUACAUACAACGUCUCUGGGAUCUACAAUAUCACUCUGGAAGCUGCCAACAGUGUUAGUCAGAAUGAGACUUUUUCACUGGUUACUGUGCUCGCGCCGAUCCUGAGACUGAAAGUGAACGCCAGCUUGGUAAAUGUCCCUCUGAACACUUCGGUCCACUUUGAGGCCUACAAGGAGGAGGGAGACGAAGUACGCUACUCUUGGAUUCUGUGUGACCGCUGCACCUCGAUCCCAGGGACCCACACCAUGUUCUACACUUUUCGCUCCAUCGGCACCUUCAACAUCACGGUGAUAGCAGAAAAUGACGUGGGCACACAACACGCAAGCAUCUCCCUGUUUGUCCAACGGGAGCUGGAGGGUCUGCAGAUUUUGGCAGAGGACAUCAAAGGAGGUGGGAACACAGCACUGGAGAGAUGUUGCUACGCCACAAACAGUAUUCUCCGCCUUCAAGCGGGAUUGAAGGAGGGCACCAACAUGACGUUUAGUUGGAACGUGGUCAGAGAGCUGGAUCCUGACAGCUCAUUCAACGCAAGCGGAAAAAUAGUGGAGCUGAAUUUCUCAAAGCCAGGACCCUGCGACAUCUCUCUACGAGCAGAAAACCUCCUGGGUCAGCUUCUGGUCAACAAAACUAUCUAUUUUGUUGAGCGGCCAGCAGAUGUUUAUCUAAUGAUCAGCAAAAACCCAGUUGCCACCGGAGUUUCAACACGCCUGACAGUAGAGAUGGUGAAAGGUUCAGAUCUGCAGUAUCAGUGGACUGUGGAUGGAAGGACUCUACAGUGGGCUGAGUCUUGGUUGAACUACACCUUCGAUAGUCCGGGCCGAAAAAACGUUUCUGUGAAGGUCUUUAAUCAAGUUAGCUCAGAGAGCAUAUCGGAGAUCAUCCAAGUACAAGAUAUCAUUUCUGGGUUAAGUUUCUCAGUAUCCAAUGACCAAGAUCGGAGAUAUGUGGAAACUGGGGUUGAAACCUCUUUAGAGGGGAAUUUGACGACGGGAACUGACGUCAGGUGGACCUGGGUGGCUGGAGGAAGAACUCAAUCAGGAAGGCAAAUCCUUUGGAAUUUUACUGAGCCAAAAAUGACCAUCGUUACGCUUAAUGCCACCAACGACGUCAGCAGCGAAGCCGUUUCCAGAGAGUUCUUUGUCCAGGAUGGGAUUAAGUCGGUGGACCUGAAGGCGAGCAAGGUGUUUGCUGCAGUUAACGAAGAGGUGGAGUUCACCCCUCUUGUGAACGGAGGUACGGACGUCCAUCUGAACCUCACCUUCAGCAGCGAUUCCACAAUCUACCCUCUGCCAAACAAAACCUACAGGCACUCCUUCGACAAGGUGGACACUUACAUGGUGAAACUGAUCGCAUACAACCAGGUAAAGUGCGUAAUCCAUAAGCUCAGGAUUGAAGUGAUGGAGCCAGUGACUGGGCUCUCCAUCCGCGGAAUCAGCCCAGCCAUCCCCGUGGGAGAGAAGAGGUUGUAUGUAGCCGAGAUCGUGACGGGCAACCCUGUUAGUUUCCUGUGGACGUUUGACCUGCACCACCUCAAGACCCCAGGCCGUGGCAAAGAGGUGUACUACACUGCAGAAGAACCGGGCCAGUUGAUCAUUUACCUGGGGGCUAUCAACAACAUACGCAGUCAGAACAUCACGGAGCGCAUACAAGUGCAGACCCUGAUGAAGUCGGCUGACCUCUACGCAGUGCCGCAGGACACCUUCGUCAACAAGACAAUCAAAUUGAUUGCCUCCAUUACUCCCAAAUCCAGCCCUGUGUACUGCUUAUGGGACUUUGGGGACGGCUCCGUGACGGUCCACACCAACACCACCACCGUGCGCCAUAAGUACAGCCAUCCAGGACACUUUUUGGUCCAAGUGAACUGCAGCAACCUGGUGAGCUGGGUCUUGGCCCAGGUGGAGGUAAACAUCCGAGUGUUAGAGUGUGAGGAGCCGGAGGUGCAGAUCUCUCAGUCCCGCCUGGUUAUCUGGCGUUCCCAGCCUGUUUCGGUGGAAGCCGGCGUGGACUUGAAGGGCUGCGUGCGCUACGGAGCUCAGUACCUCUGGCAGGUGUUCUCAGAGUCCUCCUGCGGAGACGAAGUGAUGACAGAGAGCCCUUUACCCCCCGGGCUGGAGCCUCAGUUUCGUCCCAGUGAAGCCGUGCGGCUGCCUGCGGAGGUGGAUGUGCGGCGGCUGCAGCUGCUGCUGCCAAAGAUGGCUCUGGCAGCAGGGAACUAUUGCUUAGUGUUUUCUCUGUCGUACGAAGGCGUGCCGCUGAGGAAAGCUGCCAGGCUGCAACUCAGUAUCAUGUCCGCUAAACUGAAGCCCAUCAUCGAAGGAGGGACCCACCGGGUGUGGUCAAGGACAGAAGACCUGCAGCUCAGUGCGAAGCAGUCCUAUGACCCCAACAUGGACCCGGACAGCCAGUCUCCACUCACCUACCUCUGGGAGUGUGAAAGCACCUCCAAGGGUCCGGAGCUCUGCACCAGCCUUAACUUCCGCCUCGGCUUGGGCGACCCCGUCUUGGAAAUCUCCGGCUCUGAGCUGAUGGCGGGUGUCGAAUACACGUUCAAACUAACUGUCAGCAAGUUUGGCAUGUCACCAGAGUCCACCACUCAGACUGUGCUUGUGAAGAGCGGCCACAUUCCCAUGGUGUAUCUAGAGUGCGUGUCCUGUGAGGCCCAGUCCACCUACGAGGUCAGCCAGAACUCGUAUGUCUUCCUUCGAGGAAACUGCACCAACUGCCAGGGCGUUCAACGAGGGCGCUGGAGCGCCAUGACGUUGCACAAUGAGACUCUGGUCCUGGACUCGUCCUCCACCACCACGGGGAGCGACGGCAUGAACCUGAAGCUGCGACAGGGCGUCCUGAGGGACAAAGACUCGUACAUCUUCACGCUGCAUGUGACUGACAGCAGCUUGGAUGGUGAGGGAGCCGCCUCCUUCAUACUGCCCCACAACAUGCCCCCAGAAGGUGGGCAGUGUCACCUGACAGGAGCAGGGGAGGCGGGAGUAUUGCACUGGGACGGGGACGGAGACGGCUGGAGGAUCCGGGCAUUGCUGGACCAAGUCCACUUCAAUUGCUCAGGUUACAGUGAUCUGGGCGUCUCAGAAACCCCAUUCCUGUACAGCCUGCUAGUGACGCGCUGUAGAGAGGACUACUGCGAAGACUUCUGCAUUUACAAAGGCAGCAAUCCGGAGCACUCUGCCUUCCUGCCGCCGGGCUUCCGCUCAGCGCGGCACCGUGUAGCCGUAUCCAUCACAGUGGAGGACCACCAGGGAGCUGCCAGCCUCGCACUUAACAAGACCAUUGAGGUUCUGCUUCCAGAGCUGCCUCCUGGGUACAGCAGUCUUCCUCACUGGCUGUCUGAGAUCACCGACAGCAAACUGAAGAAGCUGUUAGAACAGGGAGACUCUCAAAGGGUCAGAGAGUUAUCGCUGGCUCUCAUUACGGUACUAAAUGAGUAUGAACAAACCAGGGAGUCUUCACGCGUGUCCCGAGACGAGCGUGACUACAGAGUCCGAGUCCGCAGCAACAUCACCAGAGCGCUGACCGCGCUUGACCUGCAUACCGUCAGCGACAUCCAGCAGACGUCUGCUGCCCUGGCGCAGUGCACGGCCGUAAGUCGGGAGUUCAUCUGUGAGGAGUGUCAGAACAGCACUCUAAACAAGCUGGAGUCGAUGCUGGAGAUUCUGCAGACGGACACCAAGCAGGGCACGGUCCCCCCGACUGAGAUAGCUGAUAACAUCCUUAACAUCAUGGGUGAUCUGAUCCAUCAGGUCAGCCAGUCAGCCUCCUAUUUUAACUCCCACCACGCUCCUUCUCCGUCCUCCACCUCUUCGUCUUUUGAUCAUGGAAACGUCCUGAUGGACGCCCCGCCCUCCUCACUGGAGGCUCAUCCUCUCCGCGUGGCAGCCAAGGCCUACAGCCUGUCCUCGGUCCUCAUGCUUAUCCUCAUGCACGCCCGGGUGCUCAACGAGGAGCCUCUGGUCCUCAGAGGGCCCGAGAUAGCCGCCACAGGAAAACUGGCCGACCCCCAGAGUCUCCUCUGCUACCAUGGCAACACUGGUCCAGAAUGCCAGCGCUUCUCCAUCCCUCGAGCUUUUAACCAGAGUCUUGGCAUAGCUGCUGUAGGAAGCAACAUCUUGCAGCUACUUUUUCAGGUGGAGUCCAAUCCCUUCCCCUUCAACUACAUCUCCAAUUACGCCGUCUCCACCGAGGUGGCGUCCAUGGAGUUUCGCACCGAAAACGGCACCCACAUCCCGAUCUCUGGGCUCGACGACAGCAUGGCCAUCACCGUCGCCAUUAACAACAGCAGCAGCAGCAGCGGGGAUGCGGGCGCUGAGGGUCCGGGCGCUGCUGGAGUCCCCUCAGCCGGAGCGGUGAACGUCAGCCGCUGCGACUCGGUGGUGGUCAGGGUCAGCGCAGGAAACAGCAACAGACAGGCGGGCCUGUUUGUGCAGCUCAACUUCACCUCGAUUGAAGACUCAAACAAGCUCGAUGAAGAUGGAAAAGAGGAGGAGGAGCCGUUCCUAACCGCCUACCUCCAUUCCCAUGAGCGACCCAACGAGUUCAACUGCACUGACAGGAAGCGGAUUACUCUCAGCAUGACCAGAGGACAGGACCACAAGAAGUACACCUUCUUCCUGUCCCCAGAGUUCUACGACACCACCCAGGAUUACUUCAUUAACGUCAGCACACCGUGCAGGCCUGACUCUCAGCCUGCUAAGGUUCGCCUGGAGGUCGGGGUGUUCGCCGCUCUGUGUCAGUACUUCUGUGAGGCCGAGAAGCAGUGGAGGACGGACGGCAUGGUCCCCCUGGCAGAGACCAACUUCAGCAGGGCGGUCUGCCGCACCAGACACCUCACGUCCUUCGCCGCGGGCCUCUUUGUGCCGACCAACGCCGUUAGCUUUAAGAUGCCAGAGCGUUCUGGGGCACCGAGCCUGAUUGUGCUGCUGGUGUGCGUACUGGGUUUGCUGAGCUACGCUGUGGCAGCAGCCAUCUUGCGCAAGUUGGACCAGCUCGAUCUUCGCCGAGCAGGUGUGGUUCCGCUCUGCGGCCAGAGCGGCAGCUUCAAAUACGAGAUCCAGGUCAAAACGGGCUGGAGCAGAGGGGCAGGCACCACGGCCCACGUAGGAAUCAGCCUGUACGGACGCGAGAGCCGCAGCGGACACCGCCAUCUUGACAGCAAAGGGGCUUUCAUGCGCAACGCGCUCGACAUCUUUCACGUCGCCACGGACACCAGCCUGGGCAGCGUGUGGAAGAUACGGCUUUGGCACGACAACAAAGGCCUGUCGCCAGCGUGGAUGCCUCAGUACGUGUUGGUCAAAGACCUGCAGACGGAAAGCAGCUACUACUUCCUGGUGGAGGAGUGGCUGUCGGUUGACAAUGAAAGAACCGGCGGUCGGGUGGAGAUUGAGGUGGAGGCCACGGAAGAGGCCGCGCUUCGUCGGCUCCCUCGACUCCUGAGGUCUGAGCUGCAGAGGGCGCUGUGCGAGAGUCACCUCUGGCUGUCCUUGUGGGAGCGGCCCCCCCGCAGCCCCUUUACCCGCCUGCAGAGAGCCACGUGCUGCGCUGUGUUGCUGCAGCUGAUCCUGCUGGCAAACACACUGUGGUACAGUAUUGUAGUGGACAGGAGAUACAGCCAGAGGGCGGUGGCCCAGUAUUCCUCGCUGAACGGAGAGACGUUGGCGGCCGGCGUGGUGGCCUGCCUGACCGUCUACCCUCUCUACCUGCUGCUCUUCACAGUAUUCAGGAUGAGCCGCAGCAAGGCCGUCACCGUGGAGCAAGUGUCGUCCCAACUGGAUCAGGAGUCGGUGGAGAUCGAUGACUUCCUGGACAACUCCAUAGGAGGCAGCUCUUUCCUCUUUUUCAACGGAGAGACCAGCUCAGAGGAAACCAACGUGGAUCUGCCCUCUCCAUCCAUCAAAAGCGAGGACACCUGGGACGUGCCAGAGGAGGACACGGACGACCGGGACUGGCCCGAGCUGACGAACGACGAGUCGCUGGUGGGAGGGGCCGGCCACGGCGCGGGGGUGCCCAGGCUGAAGAGGGUGAAGGGGAGCAGGUACCUGGGUGACGAUAUGACCCUGAACCCCGAGGAGGAGGAGAAAGAGGAGGGAUCCGAUCCGCGCAACAAACGUUUCACGUCGUCAGACGAGGAGCUGAUCAAACACAUACUGGAAGACGGGCAGAACUUCUUCCCUCAGGCGGAUGAGAGCGAGAUGGCCGACCUGUCGAGUAUUUUUGGGGACAAGACGGAAGUGAUUCUCCUUCAGAAGCUGAGUGAACCUCUUACUCUCGAAUCCAUCAGGAGGGAUCCUCCGAAAACGGCGUUCACGUCAAAUACAGUGGUGACCGAUGUGUGUCGCCCCCGACGGUUCCCUCCCUGGUGUGGACGGGCGGCGCUGUGGGCCAGCUGGGCGGGAAUCGCCCUGGCCAGCUGUGUUUCCGUCUGGGCGGGCUACGGGUUCAGCGAGAAGGUGGCCAUGAUGUGGUUAAUCUCCUGCUUCGCCAGCUUCCUGUGCUCCUGUCUGCUGCUGGAGCCAAUCAAGGUGCUAUGCGAGGCUGUCUACUUCGCCGUGUGUGUGCGUCGCCUGCGUCCGGAGGACAGCGACGUGCUGGUGGAUUACCCUCGAGAGGAGCGAGUGGUCCAGCGGGUCACCAGGGUGAGACCGCCGCAGGGCUUCGCUCUGUCUCAGGCCCGGCACCAGGCCCGCAAGGUCCAGAUGCUGCACACCAUGCUGAAGAACUUCCUGGUUUACAUGUUCUUCCUGCUGGUCGUCCUGCUCCUGAACUACUCCGACUCGGCUAAAGACGCGCACAGCUUGAGACUGCGGAGCCAGCUGCAGCAGGCGCUGCUCACACCUGACUACCACGCCAUCAGCAGACGAGAUGACGUUUUGGCCUGGCUCAAUGGGUCCUUGCUGCCUCGGCUCCUGGAUGAGCCUUCGCUCCUGGGAGACACAGGAAGCGUGCUGCUCGGCUCUCUGAGGCUCCGGCAGACCCGUAACACGCAGGCUGCUGCUGGUUUCAGACCAAGAGAACGAUCACAUCCCUCGAUCACAUCGCUGAUGGACGCAGACUGGGCUCAGAUGGAGGAGUAUGACAGCAGAAAUGUGGCUCUCCACUUUAACAGAAGCCUGAAGGAGGCGGCUUCCUCUCUGCAGCAGCUGGAGCAGCUGCACUGGAUUGACCACAGGACUCGGGCCGUGUUUGUGGAGUUCUCCCUCUACAACAUCAACACGAACCUGCUGGCCGUCUGCAGGUUUCUCUUCGAGUUCCCAGUUUCUGAGCGCGCUCGGUCCAGCCUGGAGCUCAUUGUUCUCACUCUGUGGCCAAUCACGGGCCUGGACCUUCAGCUUCUGCUCACGAUGGUCCUCCUCUCUCUGAUCUUGUAUUUCCUGGCGCGAGGCAUCAUGGGAAUCCUCAGAGAAGGCUACGGGUACCUGUUGUCGUCGUGGAGAGUGCUGGGUAUAAGUAAGCUGUGUCUGGCCGCGUCUGUGUGCGGGCUACACCUGAGCCGCUCCGUCAUGGCCAAGCAGCAGUGGAUGCGCUUCCUGAAGCGGCCCCAGGACGCGUUUACCGACUUCUACCCGCUGGCCCGGCAGAGUCAGCUGUACACCGUCAUGUCUGCCAUCCUGCUGUUCGUUCUAGUGCUGAAGGCGUCGCACCAGCUGCGUUUCCUCCGCGAGUGGGCGGUGUUCGGCAGAGCUCUGCGGCGCUCGGCCUGGGAGCUCCUGGGAGUCGCCUCGGCUCUGCUGCUGCUGCUUCUGGCUUACUCCCACACAGGACACCUGCUCUUCCACUCUGUGCUCGACGGUUACGGCAGCGUGAGCGCCGCCUGUCUGACGUUGUUGGGUGCCGGUGGGAGAGGCCUGUUAUCGUGGCUCCCCGCCACGACGAUGACCGGUCCGUCCAACACCGUCUCCUCCCUGAUGUUCCACGCGACCUUCGCCGUCUUCCGCCUAGUUCUCCUGUGGUUGAUCAUCUCUGUGCUCCUGAGGAACUACCGGCGCGCCCGGGCCGAGCUGUAUCGCCCCGCCGUGGAUCUCCAAGACUACGAGAUGGUGGAGCUGUUCGUCAGGCGACUCAAAAUGUGGAUGGGACUUAGCAGGACCAAAGAGUUUCGUCACAAAGUGCGUUUUGAAGGCAUGGAGCUCCCCCCGUCCCGCUCAUCCUCCACCAGCGACUGCAAGUCCCUGUGUCUGCCCCCGUUGGACAGUCCGGACUCCCCGCCCACCCCGGACAGCGUUGAUGCCGGCUCCGAGGCCUCGUGGCGUCCAUCCUCCUCGAGCCCCUGCAGCCUGACGGAAGCGCCCGGGAUCAGCCUGGGCCUGGGUCUGGGUCUGGGUCUGGGGCUCGGCCCAGGAGCGGCGGUGGGAGGGAAGAGCUGGAGGGAGAGGGCGGAGACAGAGGCCUCUCUAAGGAGGCUGCUCCCCACCCUGGAUGCUCUCCUGCAACAGCUCGACCGAGUCAACGUGGCGACGGAGGACGUUUACCACAUCGAGUGCAGGCUGGAGCGAGCUCAGAGGAAGAGGAGGCGCAACAAGAGAGAAAGAGGAGACGACGGUCCUGAAGGGAGAAGUGGCGGCAAGCAGAGGGGGAAGGGGCAGGGCAAGGACGUGAAAGAACGAAAGGCUGGUAAAGAAAAGCCUACGGGGGACAGAAGAGAGAAAAGGGCUGAUAAAAGAGAACUUCCAAAAGAAUCUGCUACCAAAAAGACUCCUGUUGCCACACCUGUUCCCUCCUCAAAGCCGAGGCCUGCAUCCACCUCUACACAGCCCCCCACCUCGCAGUCUUCAGCCAAACCUUCAUCGGUGCGCCCUUCUCCUUCAUCAGUUACAGAUAAACCCACCGCUGACCCCACCCCGAGAAGCUCUUCCUCUCUCCACAGCCCACCCUCCAAAGCGGCCUCCGCUCCCUCGUACCCCCGAGCCCCCACGCCUUCCCUGCCCGCCACCCGCGGCCCCACGCCCAUCACCGCCAGAGACCACCGGGACCCUCAGACGGACAGAGAGACCCUCCCCUCCUCGACUCUGUUCAACCACCCGGCUCACACCACCACCAUCCCCACACGCAAGAGGAAACGGAAACCCCCGCCCCUGAAAAACAAGGUGCACCCCACUUAGCGGGACGUCCUCGAAGCCUCAGGAUGGAAAGGGGCGACUAGAAGAGAGACGCGGAGCUGGAGCGAAAUGCUGGGUUAAGGACGAGAGGAGAACGAGGACAGCUGGUCUGGUCCCCAGACGCACCUCUUUAAACCCAGGCAGAAAAGAGAAACAGAGGGACUGGAAAGAGACGAGAAAGUAAGGACAAAAAAAAUUGUUUGGGGAAAUUCAGGAUGAUCAGAAACAGAAGAAUUACACUUCGGCUCACGCGAAACCACGGUGCGGGUCCACCGGGUUUAACUAAGGUGAAACCAAGAGACGCUUUCUGUGUUUAGCUCUCCAAAACCCCGGCGUCACGUGAUCCUGGAGGUCGCCGUGGCGCUGUGACAGGAGCACAGGAAGGUGCUCACCAGAGGACUCGACGAGACUUAACAGCCACACCUUUCUGUAUAUUUGAUUCCUCGCUCAACGUUGUCCGUCUUAAUUUUUUUGUUAAAUAUCCGAUUUUGGACACCACGGGUGCCGGUUCAAGCCAAGUGUUGUGGAAUCCAAAGUUUCCUGCAGGCACGCACAUUGCAAACACAUGUAUAUAACACUGUAGGUACACAUUGGCAGAUGGAGAUGCGCCGUAUGCCACGCAGGCCGACGCGGCGUGAGAAAAG